UCACGUGUCCAGGGGCAGAAGAGUAGGUUUCUCUUUGCGGAGGCGGCGUGGCGGUGCAGCGAGCUGCGGGGCAGGAGCCAUGGCAGGACAGGCAUUUCGGAAGUUUCUCCCGCUGUUUGACCGCGUGUUGGUUGAAAGGAGCGCCGCUGAAACUGUCACCAAAGGAGGCAUUAUGCUUCCAGAAAAAUCUCAAGGCAAAGUGCUGCAGGCAACUGUGGUCGCUGUGGGGUCCGGCUCCAAGGGGAAGGAUUUCUAUAAUUGGCCUGAUGAAUCAUUUGAUGAAAUGGACAGUACACUUGCUGUUCAGCAGUAUAUCCAACAGAACAUAAGGGCAGAUUGCUCCAAUAUCGACAGAAUCCUCGAACCGCCUGAAGGCCAGGAUGAAGGUGUGUGGAAGUAUGAGCACCUCAGGCAGUUCUGCCUUGAGCUAAAUGGACUUGCUGUUAAACUUCAGAGUGAAUGCCAUCCAGAUACCUGUACUCAGAUGACAGCAACUGAACAAUGGAUUUUUCUUUGUGCCGCUCAUAAAACUCCAAAAGAGUGCCCUGCCAUCGACUAUACCAGACACACGCUUGACGGUGCUGCCUGCCUGCUCAAUAGCAACAAAUACUUUCCCAGCAGGGUUAGCAUAAAAGAAUCAUCUGUAGCAAAACUAGGAUCUGUAUGCCGUAGGAUUUACAGAAUAUUUUCACAUGCUUAUUUUCAUCACCGGCAGAUAUUUGACGAAUAUGAAAAUGAAACAUUUCUAUGUCAUCGGUUUACUAAAUUUGUGAUGAAAUAUAAUUUGAUGUCCAAGGAUAACUUGAUUGUACCAAUUUUAGAAGAGGAAGUUCAGAACUCAGUUUCCGGGGAGAGUGAAGCAUGAAGGGAGUGGUAGAGCUGUACUGCUCACAGAAGUCACAUUAAUUAUGUUCUGUACAUACGUCAUUUUAGACACAUCAAUCAUGUAUCCACAGUCCAGCUUCUUUGUUUAGGGUAGGGUUUGUAUGCUGUGUGUUACCUUUUAGUGGGAAGUACUUAAGUUAUUCAUGAGCUGUAUAUUCACUGGUGUGGCACUCAUGGUUUUUAAAUAAGAUUAGUAUUAUCUGUUUAUAAUGCCUGUUAAUAAAAGAAUUUACAGUUUGGUAAAAUUGCUGCUAAACAAUCAUUGGAUCACAAUCCUCAUCAAAUAAACCUAUCUGUAAAAAGAUGAGUGAAAUCAAAAUUUUGCACAAGCCAUUUACUAAAGUGAUAAUAAGGUUUUCCCCAAGCUUAGAUACAUUAGAAAGUUCGGUAGUAUGUAGCUCAUCUUAACUGUUAGCUUUUCCAGAAUGAGAAGAUAAGGUAUUUUAAAAAUUCUGUGGAUGGCUUUUGAAAUGCUCAUAAGUAUACCUGAAUAUGAAUGCGGACGAGGCUUUAGUAAUACUUAGUCUCCCUCCUCUGUCCUGGGAAGUGUGUUCCAGGCCUGCGCACUUGGCAGGAUGCCCCUCCUCGCAGCAGUGGGUUGCCAAGCUGUGGCCCCCUCCUACCCCUCCCCUCCCCAGACUUCUUCAGUGACAGUGUCUCACCAGGCUGAGUUAGGGGAGCUUAUGCCUAUUUAUAGUGUAUAAUUGCUUACCAACUAUACCUCAUGCUCACAGUCGUAGAACACUACAGGAAAGCUGUGUCGACAUGGGCUCACACAUCUCUUUUGGGAAGUUGUUAUGAGUGUGUAGAGAACAGUGCUUACCGUAGUUAUACCCUUCUGUUAUAAUACUUUUCCUUUCAUCUAACCCUAGCAGCAUUAAAUGGAGAUGAAGAAAUAAUGUAGUAUUUAUUUUAUGUCAUCCCAAAGUUUUAUGCUUGAAUUAUGCUCCUGUGUGAGGCUAUUUGCAAUAAUUUACAGGUUUCAGUGGUGGUGGUGAAUGUUCAUACAUUUUUGCAGUGUUUUGAGAAGAAUUCGAGGUCUUAUUACAAACCGAUCCUCAUGAGGCACGAAGAUGGGGUAAAAAUUGUAUAUGUAGUGAAGAAAAUAUUCAAAGCCAUCUCUUGACCAGAUUUAAGCCGCAGAAGGAACGCUUCCUUUUCACUGUAAAGCUGUGUUGAUGUGAAGAUGGAAAUGUAUUCCUUCCGACCGUUCGUGGGAUCUGUGGGCACGUGCGGAGGGCCCUGGCUGUCCAUCAGGAGCACUACAUCACCAGGGUGCCAGGCUGUGUGUCAUGUUGCCAUUCAGGUGUGUCUGAGUCCCAGCCUGACCCCUUCCCUUGCUCAAUUGAGGGAUGGGGGUGCCAGGAGCUGGCCAAGGUGCUGAAGCACAAUUUAAAUAUAUCGCUGGGAAUUAAUGGGAAAAUAAAAUGUGAAAUCUUUCCUUACUCACCCCAUCU